AUGCGGCGAGUGCGCGGACUACGCAAAGACCGCAAAACGUUGGCACGUGUUGAGCACCGCAUCGACCACAAUAUCCUGACGUUCUGUGACUUCAUGAAGAGUAUGGGCAGCACCAAAGCCAUGGUGGGCGACCCCUUUACCCUCAUCCUUAACAAUCACUUGGUAGUAUCGCCUCCGUCAAGCACCAGCUCUAGUCCCCGCACGAGUCCCGUGCGAUUCCAACUUGACUUCGACGAGAGCAGUAGUACGCCGGAGAAGAAACUCGAAGCUGUCGGUAGCCCCAACGACGUACCCCAACUGGACUUACCGCCACUGGACGAGGCACUCGACUUUCUGAUUCAAGUCAUGGAGCAGUGA